GUCCACACCUAUUGUUGGGACUUUCAUUGCCUCAUUUCUCAUUCUUUUUCAGUUGAGUUCUCAAACCAGAAAAGUGGUCAAAAAAAUUGAAGUGAAGGGAGUGAGAGAUGACACUAUCUCCUUCUCUUUCUCUCCAUAACUUGCAUUCUUCCUUUCUUUGUUGCCCUCUAAAAUCCAAGCCAUUAGCUAGAAAUAUAAUUCAACCAAAACCCACUUCUUAUCCACGUAUUAGAGCUCUAGACCUUGAUCAAAACACGGUAGUGGCUAUAAGUGUUGGAGUUGUGAGUGUGGCUGUUGGGAUUGGCAUUCCAGUGUUCUAUGAAACCCAAAUCGAUAAUGCUGCUAAGCGAGACAACACGCAGCCCUGCUUCCCGUGCAAUGGAUCUGGUGCUCAGAAAUGCAGAUUUUGCCUGGGAUCUGGCAAUGUGACAGUUGAACUUGGUGGGGGUGAGACCGAGGUCUCUAGAUGCAUAAACUGUGAUGGUGUUGGUUCAUUGACAUGCACAACUUGUCAAGGAUCUGGAAUUCAACCUCGAUACCUUGACCGCAGAGAAUUCAAAGAUGACGACUGAUACAAGCUAAGAAUAAGUGGCGCUGAUUUUGGAUCUAAUUAUGAGGUUAUUGUACUUAUUUAAUUUCUUUGAUAUUUGUACACACCAAAUACAACUGUGUAAAUCAUGUUGAUGCUUUCAUUUGGCCACUCACUUUCGUUGCCUAUCUCUGUAAAAUUUUGAUGUUUUCUAGGCAUUGGUUUAUUCAAUUAUUGAAUGCCCUGUUGUAAGAAUUGGAUUUUGUUGGGUAUCUGCCCAAGCCAGGACUAAGGAACUAUGCCUAAAUUACGAUCAUUGGUGUUA